UUAAUGACACAUCUGAACACUGACACUUAUGGACUUAAUUGUUAUGAGAUAAGACAACCAAAACAACAAUUGCAUGGGGGCGCGUUAUGCAUGAAUUAGAAGGAUAAUACCAAGUACGAUACGACAUACACUACUGAGACGCACUUUGUUCAGUUUGUUACUAUAUGCCUACUAAACAAUCGUUUCAAAGGGCGACCCUAUUUCAUUAAUUGCUCAUCACUGGUAUCUUGGUAAGGUGAAACCGGUUUCGACAAACACCUAAAACAGGACGGGAUAAUCUGAGCAGAAAGUUCUGUUGUCUGACGAGUGCACAACAAUGCCGAGGUAUAACUUUUUACUGUGUCUGAUGGUACUAAUUUGUCUGGAACUGUCCGAGAGUGACGAGCCUAACCUCUUUCUGUCACCAACGAGCGAAAUGCCCACGGACAUCGGUUUGUCGCUCCUGGAUGAGGAAGCGGGCUCUCACGAAUGCUCUGCGUGUGUUUGGCGAGAGCAGAGUAAAGUCCUGCGACUGGAGACCAUCAAAUCUCAAAUCCUGAGCAAGCUGCGACUCAAACAGGCACCCAAUAUUAGCCGGGAGGUGGUGAACCAACUGCUGCCCAAGGCGCCUCCGCUUCAGCAGCUCCUUGACCAUCAUGACUUCCAAGGAGACGCGUCCUCCCAGGAUGAGUUUAUGGAGGAGGACGAAUAUCACGCCACAACAGAGUCUGUUAUCACCAUGGCAUCAGAGCCGGAGCCGCUUGUCCAGGUGGAUGGCAAACCCAGCUGCUGCUUCUUCAAGUUCAGCCCAAAAUUGAUGUUCACCAAGGUGCUGAAGGCCCAGCUGUGGGUGUACUUGCGGCCGUUACAGCAGACCUCCACCGUCUACCUGCAGAUCCUCCGGCUGAAGCCUGUCACUGAGCAGGGCAGCCGUCAUAUUCGCAUCCGCUCUCUGAAGAUUGAACUCAACUCCCGGGUGGGCCACUGGCAGAGUAUCGACUUCAAGCACGUGCUGCAGAACUGGUUCAAGCAACCUCACACCAACUGGGGCAUCGACAUCAACGCCUUUGAUGAGAGUGGCAACGACCUGGCAGUUACCUCUCUGAGGCCUGGGGAGGAGGGACUGCAGCCGUUCCUGGAAGUGAAGGUUCUUGAGACGACCAAACGCUCUCGGCGAAAUCUGGGCCUGGACUGUGACGAACACUCAACUGAGUCCCGCUGCUGCCGCUACCCGUUGACCGUGGACUUUGAGGCCUUCGGCUGGGACUGGAUCAUAGCUCCCAAGCGCUACAAGGCCAACUACUGUUCAGGCCAAUGCGAGUACAUGUUUAUGCAGAAGUACCCGCACACUCAUUUAGUGCAACAUGCAAACCCCCGAGGCUCAGCAGGGCCCUGCUGCACCCCCACCAAGAUGUCCCCUAUCAACAUGCUCUACUUCAACGAUAAGCAACAGAUCAUCCAUGGAAAGAUCCCUGGCAUGGUGGUGGACAGAUGUGGUUGUUCUUAGGCUGUAGGGAGAGUCCUGCGUACUCGUGCACACCCAACUCUGCGUCAUACCACUCAAAACCCUGACGGAGCUCUCCCCUGGCACCAGACUUUAUUAGCCCCCUCUCUCACUCCACCACAAAAAAUCCCACUGGACCUCCAUUCUGUGAGUUAUUCAUUUUAGUCAAAAUGUACAAAAGGUAAAAUAUGAAAUUAAAAUAAGACAGAUAGACAGUGGUAGAACAUAUUGGAAAAAAAAUAAGGGGCGUGUCUGUGGGCAGCUUGAGAAAACUGCUAAAUAAGACAAAACUAUAUUCUAGGUGUUUGUUGGUUUUGUGGUUGUCUUUCUUCAAAAAGGUUCUAAAGAGAAUGUUUAUCAGGUUUUUUGAAACAAUGGCAUUGGAUGCCCUGGAUAGUGGAUCUGGGCAGUGGGUGACGUGCUCCGAAGCAUUUAUAGUAUAUUGUUUUUUAUAUUUUAUUUUGAAGCAAAUUUUAUUCAGUCCUGAGGUGAGGGAUUCAACAAUUGUAUCUUUUUAAAAUGCUUUAUUCAUUUUAUACUCUUACUGAUGGGAUUUGAUCCACAGCCGAUAUGUUUGUAAGUAGUGCCAAUGGAGAUGGAGCAUAUGAAGUAUUUGGAUAAUACGAUGCAUCAUUGAUCAAAAGGUUGUUAUUUUCACAUUUUCACAAACAAAUAUAUAUUUCCCCCACACAAUGACAGAUCCAAAACAUAGUAGAUCAUAGCAGUUUUAAGCAUUGGGUUGAGGAGAUCCAAAACCAAGUUAUGCACCCUCUCCAGAUGGAACUAGCACUCCAGUGGGAAAUUCUUGAGCAUCCAAGAACCCUUUCACAGUUACUUUGAUCUCCUUUUACUCAUGAUCUUGUAAAACGUAAAAAGAAAAUGACACAGAGGUUUUUUCACAACCUUUACAAGUGAACAGGAAAGGAUUUGCUGAUACAUUUGACUGCAUUAGCAAAUAUAAUUGCACAAAUGACAUGAAUAUGGACUUGGGGACUAAAAUGUUAGACAAAAACAAUACGUAGCACUCUGAGGAUGUUGAAGUUCAAGUUCAAAACUAUUUUCUCACUAUCACAGAUAUAUAGUCACUAAGACCACCCUAGACCUUUCCCAAAAACUGCUGAAAUUAAAUGAAAAGUGGAUGCACUCUUUCAUGCAAAAGUGCGAAACUGGGCUAAUGGUCAGUAAAAUCAUGGCUUACACAAAACUGCUGUGUGAUGGUAGUCUUCACAAUAAACCGUUUAUCACAAAUACAUUGCCAAAUGGAAAAUGUUAUCUCCUCAUAGUUUGCGAGUUCAAAGUGAUAGGGAACACCAGCAGUUCAAGUGGUCGUUAAAGAUCCACUGACAUGCUCAGAGCAACUUUAUACCUAUUUAAUCAUCUAAAGUCACUAAUAUGAUUGACAGUAGUCACAUUUCUUUAAAAGGUUUUAAUUAUAAAUGAAGGUUGACAGUUUAACAUGAUUUAACGACCUUUCAUUACAUUUUAAAUGAUCACAUACAGAUACAAGUAGACUUUUCAGAAUAGAUUAUGGAACCGUAAAAAAAACUUUUCUGCUGCAUUUAUUCACAUUUUCCACCAUGAAGUGUGGGAACAAGAUUCAAGAUCAAAAACUUUUUAAGAAUACUAUUUUGUAUCUUCAUAGGCUUAUUAUUAUACUGUGGCAGUUGACCUUUAAUGCUUAUAGCAGUUUUUAAUUCUGAAGAAUAAAGAAGUUUCUUCAACAGUUAAAUAACCCUAUAUUUCUACUAUCGAGACAGUCCCUCCUCCAUUAGACACCGCUAGCUUGGCAGUGCCCAUUAGCCUGGGAACCAGACAAAUCAGCAAGCUCAUGGUGCUGGUAGUCCUGGGUCUGAUAGAUGGGUCUGGCCACAUCCCAUUCAAACUGAUUUCUCUCUGGCAUGGAAAGUGCCAGGGCCAAUCACAACCCGUUGAUCUGAUAUGGGGCGGGUUUAAUGCAAUGACUGCACAGAGCGCUGUACAGUCAGCGCUGCUGAGACAUUUUACUAAACAACCAAGAUUUAGUUUUGUUGCUCUGAUUGGUUGUAUCUAUCCAAUUGCGUCCAGAGGCAUAUUGGUCUGCGCCAAUUGAUAUGUCCCUUGUAGAUCAGAAAUGAACUGAGAGGUUUCAGAUGAAUAGCCUACGCAAUUGUGGAUUGGUCUGGUAAUGCCAGGCCAUGGCUAAGUGCCCAUACUGUAGGUAUCCUUAAUUUCUCCCUUCAGCAGAUAUACUGGUAAUUUAUCAUAAUACUAUUCCCUCCUGCCCCCAAUGUUCACUCAUGCAAGCAAACCCCAUGAGCAGAGAACCAGAUGUUUUCCGCUAUGAUGGUAGAAUGAAUGAACGCUAUGAUGGUUGUGGAAAAACAUUGUGGAAGAAGAUUCCAAAGUCAGACUGGCUGACUUCUUACACAUGAUAAAUAAAUAAAGCAUGUUUAUAGAUCAUAUAAGACACCACCGUAUGUGCAAAAGAAUAAUACAGCUGAAAUGCCAUUUCUAGAAUAGAGAACAUAUAUAUUUAGAUUUUUGAAUUUUCCCAUAUCCCAAAUCCCCAUCCCCACCUCAACUGUGUCGGGAAGAUGCAGUAAAUAUUGGAAGUGCUUGAACAUAGAGUGUAGAUUAGAAAGCUUGAAGUCUGUUUUGUCACCUGGAUGUCAAAGCGAAGAUAUCCCUUUGUUGUAAACGUAAGCACUAUGCUGUUGGAUAAAGGAAGAGCCUUCUGACAUUAUAUAUAAAUGAUAUAUGUAUAUAUUAAAAAGGGGUACAAAAAUCCUUUCUGGGCACUCUACCUGACCAACAAUAAAUUUUGCACUAUGGGACGUUCAUGGCGAGAGGAGUUGUGUUGUUGUCUGUGUCAUACCUUGUCAAGCACAAGAGAGCUUGUUCAAUUUAGGAAAUAGAACUAUCCAAGCCGAUACACCAUAUGGAUAAACUAGAGAGGGUAUCACUUCUUUUGUUACCAUCACACUUUCCUGGCUUCCUUUUCGUCUGAAGCGGGGGCCUGUCCAUAAUACUCACACUCCUCUUCUCUACAUCCUGGAAAACUGGACAUACCAGCGGCUUAAAGGCCUCCUCACCCAUCAUGGGUGAUACGUCAUGUGUGUAACAAGUGUCUGGAUCAAUGAACAUAGAACGCUUUAACUGGAAAUGGCCCUCCCGUCAACUUCAAUCAAUCUGUUAUCAACUCAGAGACUUUGUCCUUUUGAAUUUGAACGAUUUAUGUUGACUGUGUUACACAGACAUGUUUUGCCUUUCUGUGGGGUUUGAGUGAAAGUGCCCAUAAUAAAAUGGGAAGAGAAUCCAGGGAUCGUUAGCCAAAGUAGAGGAUGACAUGUUGUGUGCUGUAACUUUUGUAAUUGCAAGAAUAUGCUAGAAUAUUUCGUAGGGAGAAAAAUGUGGUAUGGGCAGUGGUUGGAAACAAUUCAACUGGUCAAUUGUCUCUAUUUAUUAAGAUAAAACACAAUGCAUUUUAAAGUAUGUCUACCUCACUUUAGCAUUCUGAAACCUUGCUUUUAAAUUUGACAUUUAGGUUUUGUCAUUAGUUAACCUGCGCAAAAAUGUAACCCAGAAGAUAACCCAAAAACUUAGAUGAAAGCCACAGGGUCCCAUUGCUCUCAGGUUCAGAUUGAGUAAUUGACAGCGUUCAAAAGAGUGACUGAAGCGAACAGCUAAAAGUGUUGACAGAAGUAAUAUAGCUGUCCCCCGAACUAUGGCUUAACUAUUGUUAAUGCUAUGGAUAAAAGUUGCAUCUUGAAUUUUUGUGUAUGUAUACUGGUAUGUGUGAGAGUGUUUUCAUAUAAAUAUAUGAGAGAAAGAAAUCUCUAUGUAAAUAACUACCCAAAUGUUGACAUUUUAUGAUGUUUUGGACAGGUUCUCCGCUUCUACUGUUUCUCUUUUUUUUCUCCCUCUUCUUUCCUCUGUUCAUGUUGUGUAGAUACAAUUCACCCCAACUUUGUAGUUUGAUGGUUGUGCAUAUAUGAGUAACUGUUCAAUUGUUAUUUUAUCUCUUUUUUGCUGUUUGUCUUUUUCUUUUGUACAAUAAAUCAUUUAUUUAGCUUAUGAAAGUCA